AGUAUUAAGGUGUCUGUUAAGGUGUGAAAGGUGACGAAUUUAUUGUGACCAUUCAUUGAUUAGUAUCAGAAAAGUUCUAAGAAUUAUUCUGUUGGCGUUAUAAGGCAACGAUGGAUAUUUUAUUGGAAGAGCAAAAUCCGGUGGAACGUGAUUGGUUUUCAAUGCUGAAGGAAGUGGUGAUACCUGCUCCACUUAAACUAGUAGAAGUACAUGCACCCACUAUUGAAGUGUACUACUGGGGACCAAGACCGUUAGAGGCAUCAUUUGGCCAUAUUGCGCUCAGACUUAUUAUUUACGAGACAGAUGAAGAAAUUUACAUCAGUCACUGGCCAAAAGGACAGAAAACUUCGUUGAAAUACGAUGUAGAGGCCGAAGGUCGUGAUCCUGACGAAUAUAUUAGCAUUCCGCCCGACAUGAUUUAUUAUAACAGUGUGACUCGAUGGUGGGAAAACGCUCGCAAUGGCAAAUACAACUCCGUUUCUAACAAUUGUGCCCAUGUUGUAUACGGGGCUCUACGAUCUGGAUGUUUUCCACGAGUGUUUAUAUUCAAUCGUCCUCUGGUAACUCCUUUUGAAGUAAAGGAGUGGGUCAAACGACAAAUUGGAUAAAGCGUUAAACCAACGCACCAUGCAGGCAGAUGUGUAUUUAGAUUCCGAAUACCACAAUUGGACAGUGUGUCAUACAUUCGACUUAACACUUAUAAAAACAAAAGUUGAAAUUUUCAUACAAACUUUGAUACUAAGAUGUUAUUUUUUUUGGUGUUUGUGCAUAGGGCGUUGUUUAAACGCAAUCAUUAGAAAAUAAAACUAUUUU